AUGGAUCCUGCCACUGCAGAAAAUGUUACCGCCAAAAAAUGCGAGGGCAACGAGCCUGGAGAAGAGGAGUAUUCAGAGGGAGAAUACGAGACAUCAGUUAACCAGGAGAAACAAGAUGACCUGCGAUCUCACAAGGACAGCCUGGCUAACACGGAUGUCCCCUUGAAUUUAAAUGUAGACAAAUCUGGACAUCUGAGGUUAGAGACAAUUGAUGACCUCCAGAAUAUUCUGCAACUGAGGAAGUCAAGAAAGAGAGCGAGAAGAGUACAAGUUUGCAAGCCACCACCCCCACCAGAGACUGUGCCUUAUUAUGUGAAUGAGGAAGAUUUCUUCAAGGCCUGCGAGGAGAACAAACUGCCAUUGAUCGAGAGGUAUCUGGAAAAAUCGGGAGAUAUCAACGCUUGUGACAAUUUCAGACGCACAGGCCUGCACAGAGCUUGCAUGCAGGGACACGUGGAUGUUGUGAAGAGGCUACUGGAGGCUGGAGCUUCAAUUGAGUACAAAGACAAGCUGGAUGCUACUGCUGUCCACUCUGCCUGCCGAGGAGGAAGCAUGUCUGUGUUACAACUGCUGCUCAACCAAGACGGCAGCUUCUCUGCCAGGGAUAAGCUCCACAGCACUCCCCUUCAUGUUGCAGUGAGAACCGGUCACUAUGAAUGUGCUGAACAACUAGUCCACUGUGGAGCUGACGUCAAUGCCAAAGACAGGGAAGGAGAUACUCCCAUGCACGAUGCAGUGAGACUGAACAGAUUCAAAAUCAUCCAACUACUCCUGCUUCAUGGAGCCAAUCCAAAACUCAAGAAUUGUGUGGGAAAGUCACCAUUAGAAAGCACUCUGGAGUGGCAGAGUGGGGCUAAAUCGAUUCUCAGCAACUUCAAGGAUGAUGUAAAAACUCCAGUCAAGUCAAGUAGAGUCCUGUUCAGUUAAAUUACAUUUUAUACAGGUCGCAACUCACUCAGAAUGAGUAGAUAACAGCGAAAGAUAGCCCAGUUCCUUUGUGCAGAGUAGUUGUCAAAGUGAUUAUUUAUCUGUUGAUUAAAGACAUACAGCCUCCAAGGUUUCAUCAUAGAUGAAGAGGCGAAGGGAGAGGAUUUACUCAGCCCACAAUCUGUCUGCGUGAGAUAAGCCCUCUCCAUUGUUAGAGCGGUCAUGCGACUAUCUUGUCAAUAGAUCAUCUUUGGUUUAAUUUACGCUAGGCUGACUUCAAGGACCGGAGUCAAUUUUUGUGAACUAGCAGAGGUUUGGUCUGGAACUUUGAGAUAACUGCAUUUGCUCCCAAGGAUGUUUGUUUCUUUAUAGGCAGCUUAUUGGAAGUCUGAAAUGCUCAAGGUUGACAAAUAAACUAUGGGGGGAAAGAGAAAGUUCAACGUUUGGAAAAUGUGACUUGCC